UUGCCACGCAACGAGGACGCGUUUCCAUAGUGACCUAAAAACAACCGCCGUCCGUCUUUUUGACGCGAAACAUUCUCGUUAUGUUGAUUAGAGUUUAUUAAAUAGAUAACAAGAAGUAUAUUUGUCGAGAGGACCCACAAAAGACCACAAUGGAGGAGAGCUCAUUUGACACCCAGGAAAUUGAUUUCCAGGAGGUGUUAAAGGAGUUAGAGGGAGACAGGAACCUCGAGAAAUUCCGCGUGGAAUACGAAAAGGUCGCCAAAGCCUUGCAGAAGUCCCAUGAGAACGAAAAGAGGCUGAUGUCAAAAUGCAAGGAGCUGAACGCCGAGAUUGUGUCCAGCAAUGUCAAAUUAUCCACGGCCAUGAAAAUGGUCGAUGAGGAUCAAGCCACAAUUACAACUCUUAAAAUGGAAAUUGAUAAGGCCUGGAAAAUGGUGGAAGCCGCUCAUGAAAAAGAAGUUCAGGCCAAAAAAACUAUUGAAAAGCUAAAAGAGGAAAUCACGAAUCUCAACAAGGUUGUGGAGAAAGGAGCCGGCUCUGUGGAUCAAGAACACAGCAUGGUUGAUCUGUUAAAGAUCAAAGAGGAGCUAUCCAAGCAAAGGGACAAGCUGCUGUCAGAAGUGGUCACGCUCCGGGAGAACCUCACUGAAGCCACCAGCGCUCAGCAGGAGAUAGAGAGCGAGAAGAACAAAGCGAUGGAAACGAUAGCUCAGCUCCGGCAGGACAUCCAGGUGCAUCAGAACGAGGUUCAACGGGAAACCAGAAGGAAGGAGAAGCUGGAGAAGGAAUUGAAGCAGCUUCAAUCAGAUCUGGAUUCCAAACAAUCUGAAAUCAAAUCUCUGACUCAGCAGAGCCAAAGUUUGCAGGAUGAUCAGCAGAAAUUCGAACAACAGCUACAGGAACAAAAAAUCAUAAAUGAGAAAGUGAGCAAAGAAUUGGAACAGCUCCAACAACGCAACACCAAACUGCAGCAGGAUAAUGAACAAAACUCUGUCAGCUUUGAACAACUCUCACUGCAGAACCAACAGCGGGCAUCAGACCUAAAGCUGAAAGAGGAGGAAGCAAUCCAGCUAAAGCAGGAGGUCGCUAAACUCAUCAAACUGAGAGAGGGGGUGCAGCGGAGACUCAGACAGAUGGAGGAGCAGAAAGUGGAGGUGGAGAAACAGAGAGACACGCUCAAGAAUCAGAUCACUGGACUGGAGAGAGAAAUGGAGAACUCGAAAAACCAGACAGAUAUAGACAAGAAGGCUAUAGAUGAGCUGGUGCGGGAGAGAGACAUUCUGAAUAAGAACACGAUCAAGGCGGCCAACGAAACUGAGAAACAGCAAACGCUCGUCAAGAUACACGAGCAGUCGAAGAAGACCCUCGAACAGGAGAUUCUGAACUACAGGGACGAAGCCCAGAAACAACGCAAGAUCAUCUAUCAGCUGGAGAAAGAGAGAGAUCGCUACAUAAACGAGGCCAGCGAUCUCACCAAGAAGGUUCUGCAGAACAUUGAAGACAUCAAAAUGAAGGAGAUGCAGAUAUUUGAAUACAAGAAGAGAAUAGCCGAGUCUGAAACUAAACUGAAGCAGCAACAGAAUCUUUAUGAAGAUGUACGGACGGAGAGGAACCUCUUCAGCAAGAACCUUAUUGAGGCCAAGGAUCAGAACGUGGAGAUGAAACGCAAGGUGAAGAUCGUGAACCACAUGUUUGACCAGCUUAAAGAUGAAAUCAAAACAAAAGAGGUUGCACUGGAGAAGGAACGGCAGGAGUUUCAGCAAGUUGAGAGAGAGAGGGAAACUCUUAAGGCUGAGCUGCAGAAAAUGAGGCAACAGGCUCUAGAGACCAAGCAGUUCAUUGACAAACAGGAGGCAGAUGAACACAAGCUGCUGAGGAUCAUAGCGGAUGCUGAUACUGAGAGACUCCGACAGAAGAAAGAACUCGAUCAGGUGAUAAGCGAGCGGGACCUCCUGGGGACACAACUGGUGAGGAGGAACGAAGCGCUGGCACUGCUGUAUGAAAAGAUCAAAAUCCAGGAGUCGAUCAUGAGCAAGGGUGAAAUGCAGUACAGUGACAGACUAGAGGACAUCAGACUCUUGAAGCUGGAGGUCAAGAGGCAAAAGCGCGAACAAAACAUCCUCACCAGGACAGUCUCUAAAGUUGAAGAUCUCAGACAGGAGGUGUUCCACAUGCAGAGGGAACUGCUGAAAGAGAGAACCAGAUGUCGAGCUCUAGAGGAGGAACUCAGUAGUCCCAUGAAUGUUCACCGCUGGAGAAAACUAGAGGCAAGUGAUCCAAGCAUGUUCGAACUGAUUCAGAAGAUUCAUUCUCUGCAGCGGCGGUUGAUAUCUAAGACUCAAGAUGUUGUGGAGAAAGAGCUUCUGUUACAAGAGAAAGAAAAACUUUAUGUUGAACUGAAACACAUCCUGGCAAGGCAACCCGGUCCGGAGGCCGCUGAGAAACUGCAGGUGUAUCAGCGAACACUCAGGGAGAAAACCAAACAACUGAAGGCCCUUACAGCUGAGCUCAACAUGUACGAGUCUCAGUCAGAAGAGUAUAAAUAUGAGAACGAACGCCUGGCCCACGAGCUCCAGGAGGUUAAAAAGAAAUACCUCGCGCAGAAGCGCAAAGACCAAGAAUUCAGGUCUCCCUGUUUUACCACCCCGGUCUACAGCUUGUCUUGCGGGCCACACAAACAGGAGGCAGAUAUGGGAGAAAGAACGGAGUCUCGCCCAGGCGGGACAGCGUGCGAUCCAGCCUCAGCGUCCAGACGGCCCCAGAUUCACUGGAGGGGGCUUCAGUCUGAAGCAGCACAACAAGAUGACACUUCAGGCCCUCGAGCAGCAGUCCUAAUGCCCACCAGAACCCGACACCCACUUCACCCAUUCUCCUAUCAUCCUUUCUAACCACACCGUGUUAUCUUGCAUUUAUACGCCUCUGUUGGUGCUGGCCUGCUCUUCAGUCGGUGGUUUUGAGAAAUACACUAGACCCAUUUUUUCUCCUCCUCUGGGAUAAAAUAAAAACUGUUAUUUUUCUAUAAGA